CACAGCACGACCCUUUUUCUUGUAUUUCUUUCGUCUUUUUUUUUUUUUUUUUUUUUUUUAAUAGUAUUAUGAAUUCAACUACAAGUGAUGGGAAUUCAACAAACGUUACAAUGGGUUUAGUUGGUGACACUCACGGUUCACUAUAUAAAAUCAUUGGAGUCACUUUAGCCAUUGCAAGUGGCAUAUUUAUUGGCAGUAGUUUCGUAUUAAAGAAAAAGGGCCUAUUAGAGGCUACAGAAAAAUCAGGUGGAGUUGCAGGUGAAGGAUAUGGCUAUCUUAAAUCUCCCAUGUGGUGGAGUGGUAUGAUUUUAAUGGUGGUGGGCGAAGCUUGUAAUUUUGUCGCUUAUGCGUUUACGCAAGCCAUUUUGGUCACUCCGUUGGGUGCAUUAAGUGUCGUUUUAUGUGCUGUAUUGUCAUCCAUCUUUUUGAAAGAACGAUUAUCAUUCCAAGGAAAAGUGGGCUGCUUACAGUGUGUUCUGGGAGCUAUUAUUAUUGUAAUGCAUGCUCCAGAACAAGGCGCCGCAGACACUUCAAUUGAGACAUUCAAGACACUUAUGCUGUCCGUGGGCUUUAUCACCUACGCCAUUCUCGCUAUCGUACUCUCUUUAUUUUUGGUGUUUUAUUGUGGACCUAGAUGGGGAAAAACAAACAUGUUGGUUUAUAUUAGUAUCUGUUCAUUAAUUGGAUCAUUAUCUGUUGUUUUUACGCAAGGAUUGGGCGGAGCCAUCGUACAUUCGUUUACAGUCGAGAAUCAAUUCACAAACUGGUUUGUUUAUUUUGUAUUGGUGACAACUUUAGUAACACUCGCCAUCGAAAUAAUCUAUCUCAACAAAGCGCUCAAUCUUUUUAAUACCGCUGUUGUAACUCCAACUUAUUACGUCAUUUUUACAACAUUAACCAUCGUUAGUUCAAUUGUAUUUUAUCGAGGUUUUGACGCAUCACCCGUCAAUAUUGUUACUUGUGUGUUUGGAUUUUUAAUUAUCUGUUCUGGUGUUGCAUUACUGCAAAACUCUAGAAGCGAAAAGACUAUGGACAACGAUGAUGCAUCUAGCCAUAUGGAACGACUUUUACCAGUAUAUGACGAUGAGAAAUUCUUGAGCUCAAGUGAGGAUGUGAAUCAUAUUGAAGAUAUUACAGGCGAUGCUUCAACAAGUGAUGUAGAUCAUCACCGCACAUCUGCCGUCCGAAAUGAUUCCAGUUCGCUUUGGCGUAGAUCAAGAGGCUCUAUAGAUUAUAACGAUGGAUUUACAGACAACAUUAGCCUGGAUACGAUCAAACACAGCAAUUCCGCACAAAAUUCAGUCGAUAUUCUUGUGGAAAAUGGUCAAGAUAAUAUCAAAUCCCGAACAAAUAAUUUAAAUAGACGUGCGCAGGACACACUGGAUACCAUCAGUACAAUGAGAUUGGGUCUGAAUAAGAAAAGGGAUCAAGAUGAUAGAAGGGGAUUAAUAGGGGAGACGGAUGAUCAUUUGUUUUAAAUUAAUUUCUUUUUCGCUUUCUUUUGUACAUUAUAAAAACUCUUUUUUUUUCCUCCUUCCCUUCUCACAUCACCUUUUAUACACUAUAUCUUACUACACUUAAUA